GUUCAUUGCGACUGCGCGCCGUCGGCGGAAACUCUCUGGCCCGAGGCCAGUGUGGAGGGCUUGGCCAGAUCGCAGGGUCCCCUCGCCCGGGAGCGCGGGACGUGUUGCUUUGGGUAAAGUUCACUGGAACAGAAGGAAAUGGACUUACCUGCAGUUCACUGUGAAGAAGUACAAAAUGUCCUUAAUGCUAUGCAGAAAAUCUUAGAGUGUCCAAUCUGUCUGGAAUUGAUCAAGGAACCUGUUUCCACAAAGUGUGACCACAUAUUUUGCAGAUUUUGUAUGCUGAAACUGCUUAACCAGAAGAAAAGGCCUUCACAGUGUCCUUUGUGUAAGAAUGAGAUAACCAAAAGAAGUCUACAAGAAAGCACAAGAUUUAGUCAGCUUGUUGAAGAGCUGUUGAAAAUCAUUGAUGCUUUUGAGCUUGACACGGGAUUGCAAUUUGCAAACAGUUACACUUUUUCCAAAAAGAGCAAUAAUUCUGAACAUUUAAACCAGGAGACUUCUAUCAUCCAGAGUACAGGCUACCGAAACCGUGCCAAAAGACUUCGACAGACUCAACUUGGAAAUCCUACCUUGCAGGGAGGCAGUCUCAGUAACCAACUUUCCAACCUUGGAAUUGUAAGAUUGCCGAAGAGAAAGAAGAAACCUCAGGAGAAAUCUUUCUACAUUGAUUUAGGAUCUGAUUCUUCUGAAGAGGGAGUUAUUAAGCCAAAUUAUUACAGUGUGAGAGAUGAAGAAUUUUUACAAAUCACCCCUGAAGGAGCCAGACCUGAACCCAAUAUGGAUUCUGCAAAAAAGGCGGCUUGUGAGGUUUCUGAGAAGGACAUAACCAAUACUGAACAUCAUCAGCCCAGUAAUAAAGAUUUGAAUGCUGUGGAAAAUCAUGUAGCUGAGAAGCAUCCAGAAAAGUAUCAGGGUGUUUCCAUUUCAAACUUGCAUAUGGAGCCAUGUGGCACAGAUCCUCAUGCCAGCUCAUUACAGUGGGAGAAUAGCAGUUUAUUUCUCACUAAAGACAGCAUGAAUGUAGAAAAGGCAGAAUUCUGUAAUAAAAGCAAACAGUCUGGCUUAGAAAAGAUCCAACCAAGCAGAUGGGCCAAAAGCAAGGAAGCAUGUCAUCAUGGGCAGAUCGCCAGCCCCGAGAGGAAGGUGGGUCUGAGUGCUGGUCCCCUCUCUGGGAGACAAACAUUGAAUGAACAGAAACCUGUGUGCUCCGAGACUCCUGCAGGUAAUGAAGGUCCUGCUUGGUUAACCCGAAACAGCAGCAUUCUGAAGGUAAACGAGUGGUUUUCCAGAAGUGGUGAGUUGUUAACUUUUGCUGAUACAGACAGCGUGAGGGGCGAAUCAGAUGCCGAAGUAGCUGGAGCUGUACAAGUUGUCGGUGAAGUAAGCGGAUAUUCCUGUUCUUCCAAGAGAACGGGCGUCCCGGACACAGAUGCUUGUCCUGCUGUGCUAUGUCAAAGUGAGACCGUCUGCUCCAAACCAGAGAGUGAUAUCAAAGAUAAAAUAUUUGGGAAAACCUAUCAUAAGAAGGCAGGCCUCACCAAUUUGAACCAUGUGACUGAAAAUCUAAUUCCAGGAGCAUUUGCUGCAGAACCACAAAUAACACAAGAGCAUCCUUCCACAAAUAAAUUAAAGCGUAAAAGGAGAACUCCUUCAUGCCUUCAACCUGAGGAUUUUAUCAAGAAAGCAGAUUUGACAGUUGUUCAAAAGACUUGUGAAAAUAUAAGCCAGGGAACUGACCAAAUGCAGCAGAAUGGCCAAGUUAAGGACAUUACUAAUGAUGGUCACAAGAAUGAAACAGAAUGCGAUGACAUUCAGAAAGAGGGAAAUGCGAAUCCCAUAAAAUCUUUGUCAAAAGAGUCAGCUUUCAGAAGUAAAGCUGAACCUAUAAGCAGCAGCAUAAGCAAUUUGGAACUAGAAUUAAAUGUUCACCAUUCAAGGACACCUAAGAAAAACAGGCUUAGGAGGAAGUCUUCUACCAGGGGCAAUCUUGUGCUUGAGCUAGUCAGUGAUAACCCAAGCCCACCUACUCAUACCGAACUACAAAUUGAGAGUUGUAGUAGCAGUGAGGAAAUGAAGGAAAAGAAGGAUUCUAUCCAGAUACCAUUCAGGCAGGGCAUGGAGCCACCACUGGGAGCUGCAGAGCCUGUGGCUGGAGGCAGGAAGAGGAAAGAGCCAAGUGAACGUCUAAGUAGGAUAUGUGCUUGGAAUGUUUCCCUGGAAUCAACGUUAGGAAACAUACCUGGUGCAACUAACCCUUCAGGUUCUGGUAAACUUAAAGAAUCUGUCAAAUGUAGCCAUCAGAGAGAUGAAAUAGAGAAGACAGAGAUAAUCCAUGUGCCCGACAGUACCAAGAAUCUGGUGCUAAGUGAAGAAAAGGAUUUGUCAACAGCAAGAUCUACAGAGAGCACCAGUAUUUCAGUGGUACCUGAAACUGAAUGUGGCACCCAGGGCAGUAUUUCAUUACUGGAGGAUAUCGCUCUCAGGAAGGCAAAAACAGCAUCAAAACAAUGUAUGUCCCAGUUUGUAGCCAUUGAAAAGCCCAAGCAGCCUUUUCCUGAUGCUUCUGAAGAUGCUGGCCAUACCACAGAGGGCCUUAAGCAUCCACCUAGACAUCAACUGAGCCACAUUCAGGAGGCAAACAUAGAAAUGGAGGAGAGUGAAGUCGAUACUCAGUUUUUACAGAAUACAUUCCACGCAUCCAAGCGUCAGUCAUUUGCUCUCUUUUCAAAUCCUAGAAAUCCAGAGGAGUAUACAGCAGCCUCUGUCCACUCCACAUCCUUAAAGAAACAGAGUCCAGAAGUCACUCUUGAAUGUGAACACAAGGAAGAAUCUAAAAUCAGGCAGGACUUGCCUGCUGUUUGUCAGAAAGAUGAGACAGGUGGUGAUGCCAAAUCCACAGGAGGCUCAGGGCUUUGUCAAUCAUUUCAAUCCAGAGGCAGUGAGACUGCACUCAGGAUUGCAGGCAAAAGUGGAAUGCCACAAAGUCCAUCUCUUAAACAGUCAGUUUCUCCCAUCAGGUCACCUGCAAAAUCUAGAUGGAAGAAACCUCUGUCAGAGGAAAGGUCUGACAGACAUUCAUGGUCACCUGAAAAGGCAGUGGGAAAUGAGAUGAUCGUUCAAAAUAGCAAUGCAAUGCAAAAUAACAGUAGAGAAAAUGCUUAUAAAGAAGCUGGCUCAGGGAGUAUUAAUGAAGUAGGUUCCAGUGCUAAUGAAGGAAGCUCCAGCAUUAAUGAAAUAGGUCCCAGUGAUGAAACCAUUCAAGAAGAACUGCACAGAAACAGAGGACCUAAGCUGAGCACUGUGUUUAGAUUAAGUUUUGUGCAAUCUGAAACCUGUAAGCAAAGUCUUGUAAGUGGCUAUAACCUGGAAAUAAGUCAGGAAGGGAAUGAAGUAGUUCAGGCUGGUAGUGCAGAUUUCUCUCCAUGUCUAAUUUCAGAUAAGCUGGAACAACCUGUGAGAAGUGAUAAUGUUUCUCAGGUUUGUUCUGAGACACCUGAGAACCUGUUGGAUAAUGAUGAAACAAAGGAAAGUACUAACUUUGCAAAAGGUGACAUAAUGGAAACAUCUAUAGUUUUUGGCACAAGUAAACACAGAAGAGAGCUGAGCAGGAGCCCUAGCCCUUUUGCCCAUAUGCCUCUGGCUCAGAGUCACCAAAGUAGGGCCAGGAAAUUUGAGUCCUCAGGAGAGAGCAUAUCUGGUGAGGAUGAAAACCUUCCCUGUUUCCAGCAUUUACAUGGUAAGGUGACCAGUACUUUGUCUCAAUCUACCAAACAUUACCUGUCACAUGAAGCAGAGAACCAAGUGUCCCUGAAGAAUGGCUCUGACGACUGCAGUAGCGAGGUGAUCUUGGUAGAAGCAUCUCAGGAGCAUCACUUUAGUGAGGAAGCUAAGUGUUCUGGUAGCAUGUUUUCUUCACAGCGCAGUUCACUAGAAGACUUGGCCGAAAAUACAAGCUCCCAGGAUUCCUGUGUGAUGUUCAAUCCCCCUUCCCAACAAGUGGAGUUACGUUCUGCGAGUCAGGAAGUUGUGAGUGAUGAGGAAGUAGUUUCAGAUGAUGAAGAAAAGGAAACUGAUCUGGAAGCAGACAAUCACCAAGAAGAUUACGUGCCCUCAUCUCUAGGUGAAGAGGCAUCUGUGUAUGACAGUGAAACAAACCUCUCUGAUGACUGCUCAGUGCUGUCCUCACAAAGUGAUAUUUUAACCACUCAGCAGAGGGAUACCAUGAAGGAUAACCUGAUCAAGCUCCAGCAGGAAAUGGCCCAGCUGGAAGCUGUGCUGGAGCAGCAUGGGAACCAGGCUUCUGGCCGCUCCCCUUCCCUCCUGGUGGAUUCUUAUGUGCCUGAGGACCUGCCAAGUCCACAGCAAAACAGAUCAGGACCAGACGUUUGUACUUCAAAGAAAAGUGAUGAGUAUCCUGUUAGCCAGAAUCCAAAAAGCUUUUCUCCAGACAAGUUCCUUCCUCUACCUCCAGAUAGUUCAACUAGUCAAAAUAAAGAACCAACAGUGGAAAGGUCUUCCCCUUUUAGGUCCCAGCUGCUGAGUAAUAGGUCUUCUGCACACAGCCACUCUGGAAGUAUUCAGAACAGAAACUGCCCAUCUGGGGAAGAGCUUGUCAAGGCUGUUGAAGCACAGGAGUUACAUGAGCCUCAUUUGCCAUGGCAAGAGCUAGGUAAACUGGGAUUACAGAAGUCAGCCACAGAUUCCAUCAUUUACGGGGGAUCUGGGAAUCUGAACUCAGAGGGAACGCCAUACCUGGAGUCUGGAAUCAGCCUUUUCUCUAAUAGAGAGCACAGUGAUAGAGCCCUGGAGCCAGCUCAUGUUUGCACUUCACCUGCCUCAGCACUGAAAACAUCCCAGUUUCAAGCUGUAGCCUUUUCCAAGAGCCCACCUGCUCCUCAUGCUGCUAAUGUGGCAGUGGAAGAAAAUAUGAGCAGGGAACAGCCAGAAAGGGUCAAUAAGAGGAUAUCUAUGGUGGUAUCAGGCUUGACUGCCAAAGAAUUUAUGCUUGUGCAAAAGUUUGUCAGAAAACACCACCUCACAUUAACUGGCAAAGUUACGGAAGAGACUACCCAUGUCGUUAUGAAAACAGAUGCUCAGCUUGUGUGUGAACGGACCCUGAAAUACUUUCUGGGAAUUGCAGGAGGAAAAUGGGUAGUUAGCUAUUCCUGGGUGACCCAGUCUAUUAAAGAAAAAAAAAUUUUGGAUGAGCAUGAUUUUGAAGUCAGGGGGGAUAUAAUCAAUGGAAGAAACCACCAAGGUCCAAAGCGAGCAAGAGAAUCCCAGGAGAAGAUCUUCAAGGGCCUACAAGUGUGUUGUUAUGAGCCCUUUACCAACAUGCCCAAAGAUCAGCUGGAGUGGAUGCUGCAGCUGUGUGGGGCUAUUGUGGUGAAGGAGCUGUCAUCAUUCACAUGUGCUCAUCCAAUUGUUGUUGUACAGCCAGAAGCCUGGACCGAAGAGAAUGACUGCCAAGCAAUUAAGCAACUGUAUGAAGCAAGUGUGGUGGCUCGUGACUGGGUGUUGGACAGCGUAGCCCUUAACCAGUGCCAGGAUCUGGAAAACUACCUGAUAGCGCAAAUCCCCCCUGGCCCAUGAGUGUGGUCAGCCACAUAUCUAAAGCCUCAAGUCCUCAAGGAUAAAGUUUAAGAAAUGGUCUUUCGGGCUGGAGAAAUGGCUUAUCAGUUAAGGCGGUUGCCUGCGAAGCCAAAGGACCCAAGUUUGAUUUCCAAGGACCCACAUAAGCCAGAUGCACAAGGGGCACAUGCAU